CACACCCCAGAGCGCCAGCACCAUUUCUUUCAUGGAUGGAACGGAUUGUUCCCAAGCAUGUGUCAACCAGAAUCCAUGCUUCCCCAUCCAGAUCCCUGCUGGUGACUUCCGUCGGAGUUUGGGGGCAAUGGAGUGCAUGCCCUUUAUCCGCUCCUCACCAGCUUGUGGCAGUGGCAUAUCCAGCUUCCUCCUGGGACAGCUACAGCCUCGGGAGCAGCUGAACAGCCUCACCUCCUUUGUGGAUGGCAGCAUGAUCUAUGGCAGUGCGGCCUCGCUGGCCAGAAAGCUCCGCAAUUUCACCCAGGAACUGGGGCUGCUGUCCAUCAACCAAGAGUUCUCCGAUGGCGGCCUCCCGCUCCUGCCCUUUGCUGAGAAAAAAAUCCCAAACCCUUGUGCCUUGACUCGGAACUCCUGUCUUGCCAAUGCCUCUGACAUCCCUUGCUUUGUGGCAGGAGACUCCCGGGCCAAUGAGCAUUUAGGAAUGCAAGUUCUGCAUACAGUCUUCCUGAGGGAGAGCAACAGAAUUGCUACAAUGCUCCACCAGCUCAACCCCCAGUGGAGUGGGGAAAUUCUGUAUCAGGAGACACGUAAAAUCAUCGGCGCAUACCUCCAGAUUAUAAACUGGAGGGAUUAUGUCCCAAAGAUUCUUGGCCCAGAAGCCACCAAAGCUAACCUUCCUCUGUACUCUGGUUACCACAAGUCUGUUGACCCCCGUAUCUCCAACGUCUUUGCCACAGCUGCAUUUCGCUUUGCCCAUGUAACCAUCAAUCCUUUCCUUUCCCGUUUGGAUGAAAACUAUGAGGAGAAUCCCCAUCACCCCAGCAUCUCUCUUCAUCAGUCAUUCUUCUCUCCAUGGAGGAUUAUCGAGGAAGGAGGGAUUGACCCUAUCCUGAGGGGAGAGAUAUUCAACCUCGCAAAGCUCCAAACGCCCACUCAGAUGAUGCCAGAGGAGCUGACGGAGAAGCUCUUCCAUCCCAAGAAGGCUCUUGACUUGGCUGCACUGGAUCUGCAAAGAGGCCGAGACCAUGGCCUGCCAGAUUACAACUCCUGGAGGAGAUUCUGUGGUCUCCCUGAGGCUCACACGUUCUCUGACCUACAACAUAUUCUCAACAGCAGCUACCUGGCUCACAAACUGCUCAAGCUGUAUGGGACACCCGAGAACAUUGAUCUCUGGAUUGGUGCCAUAGCAGAACCCCUCCUGCCUGAUGCCCGAGUGGGAGAACUGCUUGCUUGCUUGCUGGGAAGGCAGUUCCGGGUCCUGCGGGAUGGGGACAGGUUUUGGUGGGAGAAUGAAGAAGUGUUCACUCCUCGCCAGAGACAAGAAUUGGCAAAGGUGACUUUGUUCCGGAUCCUCUGUGACAAUACCCACCUUCGCCACCUCCCUGCAGAUGUCUUCUCAAACAGUCACUUCCCGGAUGAUUUUGUAUCCUGCAACAGCCCUCAGAUUCCAAGCGUGAACCUGACUGCAUGGAGAGAAGAUCCAGCAGACACGCCCUGUGGGCCAAUCCCUCUGGUUGAAGGUGCCUUCUUUGUUCAGUGCAAAGCUUCCGUGUUCUUUGAGUGUCAGCCUGGUUACCUACUGGAGGGUCCUUCCUCUAUAACCUGCAACAUUGAGGGUCAGGAGUGGAGCACCGUGUUGCCCUUUUGCCGAGACAUUGAUGAAUGCGAGCCCAGCCGGGUGAACCCAUGCCCUUUCUCCCUGCUCUGUGUGAACAUGCCAGGAGGCUUCAGAUGCACCUGUGAAGGUUCUCUUACCCUGUCUCAGGAUGGCACCACCUGCAUUAGGGGUCUAAGUUUCACUGUAACUUCACUGACCAUAGCUGCAGCCGGUGUCGCUGGAGCAAUUAUUCUCAUUACUGUAGCUGUGAUGCUACACAGAAGGUGCUCCCGGAGCAGGAAGAAUGUAGCUAUUUCCAGUGAUGCUAACUGCCCUCACGGUGACUCCAACAAAGUCCAGAAGCCCAGCUCUAGUUAACUUGAACCACACUGUCCUCCAGCCCAGGCAUCUCAGGAAUCCCAGCAACUCUGGAUCUGUAGCUACAGCAUCAGUUAAAAGAAAGACAAAAACAAAAUAUUCUUGCCAAAGAAUUAUGGGGAAUGAAUCAGAUUUUUUCAUCAAGUCCUAACCAAGACCAAGAAUGCUUUGAGAAUUAGAUCCCUUUUCUGUUCUGCAAAGCAGAGGCAAUUUCCAGAUUGGACACCAGAACAGUGCCACUACGUGUCUGUAAAGUGUCCUUCAGUACUGCCUGUGUUUCUACAUCCCAGUCCCUGCACUAUCAGUAAGGUGUCGUUCACAUUUUGGAUGCCUUAUUUCGGGUUUUAUCUUUGCAAUACAGUGCUAUAU